AUGCCGCUGUGUCUGUACAAGAUGAUGUGUACAAGACGCGGAGGUCUUGGACAUCCAAGUCAAAGCCAAGACAACAACGUCCCUACUCCACACAUAAAUAUACCUCGUGAGUUGUACAGUAAACUUCACGUCCGAAAUUUCGCCAUUUUGCAAGAAUACCAUCAUGGACGUAAAGAGGAGGUCCGACAGGGUGAAACAAUUUUACCUAGGAUAUCCAGUGCCACUCUCGAGAACGCGAUGCGAGGAUUAGAAUGGGAUGACAUGGGAGUGAAAGUUGACGUUUAUCUGGGUCGGGAGUUGAACAUGAUGAAUGACCUGACCCACGAGCUGGGCAGGAGGAGACGAGCAACUUGUGGAACGUAUAAGAGCAUCGAGGAUGUAAUGAAGAAGGCCAGGAACACCCGACUUCGUGCUCACUUCUUCAAGACCGCCGUAGUUCUUGCUUUGACCUAUGCUUCGGAAACCUGGGCAUUUCGCAAGCAGAAAGAAAACGCGGUGAGCGUCAUAGAAAGCGGAAUUGAAAAGGUGAUGCUAGGAGUAACCCGCUUUACGCAAUGA